AUGGCGCGGGUCGGGGCGCCCCACGGUCGGGGCGGGGCCUUGUCCGGCGACGAGGAGCGGCCCUGCGUCGAGGCGCCCGAGAUCGUGCGGAGGGGCAGCGACCUGAGGCGGGAGAGCAUUCCCGAGGACGAGGAGGCGGCCUGGCCCGACAGCGACGACGAGCGGGACCCCGGGGGCGCGGACCUGCGGCGGCGGGGCACGGCGCACCACACGCGGGGCGAGUUCCACCGGCGGCGCGACAGCCACGAGCAGGUCUUCGACAUGUCCGCGGCGACGAGCGACCAUCGAUUCGACGCGCCGCCCCUCGCGCGGCCGCGGCGCCGGUCGUCGACGGAGCUCAGCGAUCAUAGCGACGUCAGCGACUUCGCUCUCUCCGAGGGCGGCCGGUCCAUGGGCGUCGCGCGCCGGGACAGCGCGCGCGACGUGAGCGACGCGGGCUCGGACGCGGGCGACGAGCUCGCGUCGUCGCAGAACCUCGACAUGACCGUGCCGAACAAGCGGCGCCUGAGCCACUCGCUGCCGGAGCUCAAGCUCAUGGACAAGGUCCAGCAGUUCCUCCAGGACAACCCGCCCGUGCCCGCGGCGGCGCCCGCGGACGAGCAUCCGGGAAACCGGCGGCGGAAGAUCGACCUGAGCCGCACGGAGUACCGGCGCCGCUCAUCCGGCAACCUGAGCCUCCACGACGACGCCCACGACGUCCUCGCCGACGACGCGAGCGAGGGGCCCGCGACGGCGCGGAGCGACGCGCCGUCGGAGCUCGGGUCGCCCGUGGACCCGGCGCGGUCGCGGCGGCAGCGCAAGAACUACGACCUGGACCGCGACGAGUUCCGCCGGCGGUCCAGCGCCCAGCUGAGCCUCCACGACGACGAUCUCGACGACCUCGCGGACCCGGCGGACGAGCCGCCGCGCGCGCGGACGCCCGCGCGCCUCGUCGCCGCGCUGCCGCCCGCGCUGCCGCCCGCGGACCGGCCCCGGCGCCACAGCCACAGCGCGAGCCCAGCGAGCAGCCCCACGGCCAAGCACCCGCGGCCGUCGCCCUUCGCGGGCAGCCCCCAGGCGUCGCCGACGAGCCGCCACCGCUUCGCGCCCGACCGCCUCCCGGGGCCCCGGCCCCAGCGCCAGGCGGCGGAGGACGCGCCGGCGCUCGCGCCGGCGCCCGCGCGCCCGGCGCCGGCCGCGCCCGCCGCCGCCGCCGCGCCGAAGAAGAAGGCUUCCUUCCUCCAGCGCCUCUCCGGCUUCCUCCCCAAAGACACGCUGCGGUCCCUAGUGAGCAAGAAGAAGCGGCGCUUCCGCGAGGACGGCUACGACCUCGACCUGACCUACGUGACGCCGCGGCUCGUCGCCAUGGGCUUCCCCGCGGCCGAGCGCGAGGCCAUGUACCGCAACGACGGCGCGGAGCUCGAGCGCCUCUUCGAGGAGCGGCACGGCUCCGGCCGCUACCGGCUCUACAACCUCUGCGCGGAGCGGUCCUACGGCCCGGACCGCUUCGGCGGCGCCUUCUGUCGGUUCCCCUUCCAGGACCACGCGCCGCCGCCCCUGGGCAUGUUCUUCUUCUUCUGCGCGGACGUCGACGACUUCCUGCAGGCGGACGCCGGGGCCGUCGCCGCGGUGCACUGCAAGGCGGGCAAGGGCCGCACGGGCGUCAUGCUGAGCGCCUACCUCCUGUGGAGCGGCCAGUGGGACGACGCCGACGACGCCAUGCGCUUCUACGGCUUCGCGCGCACGGAGAACGUGAAGGGCGUGACGAUCCCGUCGCAGCGGCGCUUCGUCCGCUACUUCCGGGCGCUGCUGGACCGGCGGGCGCCGCUGAGCCUGCCCGCGCGGUCCUCGGACGCGUCCGCAAGUCCCAGAACGCCCGCGCCGCCGCUCGACGGCGCCUCCGACGACGGCGACGCGUCGGAGACGGACGACGACGACGCCGCGCCGCCGCGGGAGCUCCGCGCGAGCCUCACGGCGCCCGCGGCCUCGUCCGGCGACGCGACGCCCCUGCGCGCCUGCGCCUCGCUGGGCCCGAAGCCCCCGCGCGUCGCGGCCCGCGCGCCCGACGACGCGGCGCCGCCGAAGGUCAACGGGAAGACCGGCUUCGACGCCGCGCGCGCGGCGCUCGCGUCGCUCGAGGCCCACCCCGAGCGGUUCCUCGUCGCGGGCCGGGCGCCGCGGCACCUCGUGGACCCGGCCUGGAACGCCGAGAACCGGCGCCAGGCGCGGGGCCACCGCGGCCACCUGCCGCCGCCGGUCGUGUUGGCCGUCGCCGAGGUCAACCUCCGCAACGUCCGACCGAACGACCUGCUGGGCCGGCACUACGAGCCGUGCUUCACCAUCGCCUGCCGCGACUUCGAGUACCGGUCCGCGGACCUGCUCAAGGCCGCGGGCGGCGCGCGGUCUUUCAGAGCGCCCGCGGCGCUCGUUUCUCUGCCGCUGCCCUUCGGCGCGGCCGUCGUCGACGAGGUCAAGGUCACGUUCCACCGGCGGGGGCCCUACGCGCGGGGCAAGGCCGACUUUUCCUUCUGGUUCCACACGGCCUUCGUCGACGGCGGCGUCCUGACGCUCGGCAAGGCGGAUUUGGACAAAGCGUGCAAGGACGGCGCGCACCGCCGGUUCCGCGCGGACUUUGGCGUGGAGCUCCGCUUCGCGCCCGUCGAGCCGACGCUGAGCCGGAUCCUCUUCCCCCUGGGGUCCAAGCCCCUCGCGUAACGCGCGUGGUCGGGUAAGGCCCUUACUUUUG